UCAGGCCAGAGCCUCCAGCCGGGAGGCUGAACUUGGACCUUCUCCGCCUCGGUGUUCCUUUACCCCCCACCCACUGCAUGUGGCUCUUGGAGAAAGCCGGUUAUAGGGUACGGACCGCAGAGGCCGGGGCGCUGCAGGCGCACCCCAGCCUGGUUCCCAAGCGCCAGGCCCGGGGCUCGCCCUCGCGCUGCAACCCUAACGUCCUCACCCCCGACCGCAUCCCACAGUUCUUCAUACCGCCUCGGCUCCGGGACCCAAAAGGCGCCGAGGGCAGGGUGGACCGCAACCCGGGCGGCCGGAACCUCCCGGUGGCCUGCUCGCUGCCGCACCUGGCGGGCCGCGAGGGCUGGGCCUUCCUGCCCGAGAGCCCGCACACGCGUCGCCGCGAGUCCUUGUUCCACGGGCCGCGCGGCCUGGCUGCAGGCCUGGCCCCGGCGCAGUCACGGCUGCACGUCUCGGCCCCUGACCUCCGCCUCUGCCGGGCCCCAGACAGCGACACGGCCUCGUCGCCGGACUCCUCGCCCUGCGGCUCCCCGCACACACCCAGGCCGCAGUCCCUGUCCCCCGACGAGGCCAGCUCGGCGGACACUAGUCCGUACGCGCCGCGCCGUGCGCCGCCGCUCUUCCACCUGGACUUCCUCUGCUGCCAACUGCGGCCGAUCAAGGACAGCGUGCUGCGCCUAGGGCCCCGCGGCGGGCAGCUGCGCCUGUCCACCGAGUACCAGGCGGGGCCCGGGAGGCUGCGGCUGCGCCUGGUGAGCGCCGAGGGGUUGCCUCGGCCGCGGACCCGCCCCGGGAGCGGUGGCGGCGGCUGCUGCGUGGUGCUGCGGCUGCAGCCGCGCGUUAGGCCGGGAGCUCAGCGGAGCCGGGUGGUCCAGGGCAGCUGCAACCCUAUCUUCAACGAAGACUUCUUCUUCGAGGGGCUGCGCCCUCCGGAUCUGGCCGUCCGCAGUCUGAGGGCCAAGGUGCUGGACAGGGGCGCGGGGCUGCGCAGGGACGUGCUGCUGGGGGAAUGUGAGACGCCCCUCAUCGCCCUGCUGCCCCCACUGGCUGGAGGUCUAGGUCCUGGGUCCUCCCUGGCACCUACUCAUCUCAGCCUGUAGACUGACAGACACCACAGCUUUCUCGGGAGGUUUCCACUGGGUCUGCAGACUUCAUCCUUGCCACCUGUCCGGCAUGUAUUUAUUUUUGUUAAUAAAACAUCAGUUUGUCUCUA